UUAUCGACCAAACAAAUUAUAACAAUUUUGUUAAAACUUCACAAAUAAUCAUGUAAGGAAAAAUCAGUUAAGUGACUUUUCGUUGUUUAAUGUAUAGAAGGAUUUCUAUUUAUAUGAGACUUACUAUUUCAAGUAUACAUAUAUAGUACUUAGAGACCUUAUUAGUUAGCAGUAUUUGUUUAGCUAGAUAGUAUUGACUAUUGCGAGACCGUAUUAAUUAAUAGUAUAUGUUGAGUUGCUACAUUGUGUAUGAAAGUCACCACCUUUAUCAGUGUCUCCUGCGGCUAAGAGAAAUAGAUUGAUGGAAAUACAGAUACUGUUUCUAUGUUCCAGUUGACACAUUCCCAUGCCAGAUAUUGUUACAUCCAAAACCCUCCGAAUAUAAAAAGGAAACCACAACACUAGUUAUAUAACUUUUGAAUUAGGUUCCUGUUCGUAAUCGCGCUAGGUGCUAGUCGUGCACUCGAGCCGGGCCUAGCGCCUUGACGAAAAAUCGGAGAUUAAUUGGGGAGUACGCGGGGCAUUUAAUUUAAUUUUUUAAAUUAAAUAUAAUAUGUAAAUAUAUAUUAUAAUGUGAUAAUCUAUGUAUAUUGAAAUUCAUAUUAACAUUUAAAUUAACUAAAUCCCAUGUUAAGGACUUUAGUUUUAAAAAUUCAAAUCCAUAAAUUAAAAUGAUUUCACUGUCGAACCUAUCGUAGAAAUACAUAGUCAUUAGAAUCACCUAUCUAAGAUUUAUCAAAAUGUUUAUAUCAUGUACAAGAAAAGAGACAAUACAGUCUGUAGCAUAUACUGCAUUAUCAAUUUAUUUUGUAUAGAAAAAUUCAACAAUAAAAAACGAUUAAAAUAAGAAAAAGAUGCGCUGAAGUUAAAAAAACAAGAGUUCUAACUACAUCCCACAUCGGAAAGCAAAAUAAGAAGAAACAUGUCAAAUUAUCUAUAAAUAUAGAUGUUUCUGCUUCGCUUCAGUUUCAAGGUGGGCUUCCACAAAAGCCCUGUCAAAAGUGUUAAAAUUAAUCGGGAAAAAUCGGUUAAAAAUCGUUAAAACCCCGAUUAAUUAACUUAGGCGGCCGGUUUAUUGUGGUCCGAUUAGUUGACCCGAUUUGGUCCAAAUCGCCACGGUACUCGUGCGCCGAGCGCCUGGGCAGCCGAGUUUUCGGCUAGGCAGCCGCGUUUUCGAACAGGGGGUUUACCACAUCGCUACUAAACAAAAGCACAUAUGCAUAGGCUCAGUGAGGCCCAUAAUAUUUGGUUUGGUAGGGUUGGUGAACUUUAUGUCCACAACCCGUUUCGUCUCAACUAAAGAGAACCAAAAAAAAACAACUGUAUCAAGAGGAACUGAAAAAAUGGAAAAUUUUCAAAUAUUACAAUCUGUAAGCUAUUUAGAACUAAAAUUAUGUAUGGAAAACUAACUUUUCAUCUUUUCCUAAAUUAAGAUGCUGGAAUUCACUUUUCUUCAAAAAUGAAAAAGGAACCUUAACUUUCUUGUAAUGUUUUUAACUUUUUAACGAAAACAUAAAAUAUGUGCUGAAUGUAGUUUUUGGGUAUAAAGUGCGUGGAUUUGUUAAGUUUACACUUUCUUAACUAUAUGAUAUUGGUAAAAAAAAAACUAUAGAACAAUAUCAGAGGUCAUUUAUAUAACACCACUCAUCAUCAUCAUCAUAAAGCCCAUUUAAACCGAACUACUAUAAAUAGAAUGAAAGGUCUAGUCCUUCUCUCUUUCCUUCCGACUCUGGUCUCCGUCUACUUUCCUUCUCCCCACUACUUCCUCACUAAACCGAGUCACCAUGAGUAAGAACAACAACAAAAGAGAUGGCAGCGGUGAGAAGAAGACGGCGUCUAUCACCGUCGUUUUGAAGGUCGACAUGCAUUGCGAUGGUUGCGCUUCAAAACUCGUUAAAUCCGUUCGUGCUAUCCAAGGCGUUGAGACGGUGAAAGCAGAGUCAGAGACUGGUAAAGUAACGGUGACCGGAGAUGUAGAUCCGGCUAAACUCCGGGAGCAACUUGAAGUGAAGAUAAAGAAGAAAGUCGAGUUGGUUUCUCCUCAGCCCAAUAAGGAGAAAGACAACAACAAGGACAGUAAGGACAAGAACAAAGAAAAGAAGUCAAAGGAGAAGAAACCUAAAGAGGCUCCGGUUACAACGGCGGUACUGAAGGUGGACUUCCACCGUGAACGGUGUAUUGAGAAGAUUCAAAAGACUGUCUCUAAAACCAAAGGUGUGAGUGGCUUCUCAAUAGAUCACGAGAAGCAGUUGGUGACGGUUAAAGGAACAAUGGACGUGAAAAAGCUCGUCAGGAGUUUGACUGAGAAGCUAAAACGUAGCGUGGAGAUUGUGGCGACGGCCAAGAAUGGUAACGCAAAAGAGAAACAGUACGUGGCGGCUCAGCCUGCUCACGGGUCUGCGUAUUUUCCGGUGAGGAUGGAGAUACGAUUGAAUACUUAGCACCUCAGAUUUUCAGCGAUGAUAAUCCGAAUGCUUGCGUCGUUAUGUGAAGCGGCGGAAGAACAUUGACGGGUAGUAGAAUAGACUGUAAAUAUGCGCUUAAGAUUUUUAAGGUACUUAUUGAAUAUUUAAAUACUUCUUUUCAGAUAUAAUUUCAAAAUAAAUAUAGAAUUGAAUAUUUUUAGUACAUAUUAAUGUGAUCUUUUAUUUAUGCCUCUGAAGAUGAUGUUUCUCAGGUCAUCGAACAAAAGUUUAAUCCUAUCUGUUGGACCGCGCAUAUCUUUGGAUUUGUUGGACGACUAUAUGAUGAAACAAAAGUUUACUAGGGAUCAUCUUCGCUUACUGAUCAAUACAUAAACCAUUUUCAAUCUAUUUGAUUGAUACAAACAUCGCCUUGAACUAGUGAACAACGAUCAUUGCUUCUCAAAAGUUUACAUACAAGUAUACAUAAUAUAACACCUUCUCAAAAGUUUAAAUUUUUUUCUUUUUUAAAUCUUAAUAAAAUUAAAGAAUGAAAAGAGAAAGACAUGCAGGAGUCAAUGAUUUCCCCCUUUUGCCUUUUACCUUUCUUCAUCUUCACAUUUUUCCUCUACUUUUGUACUUUUGUGAAAUUUAUAUUUGAUUCUAUUUCUUUCUCAACACUAAUUUCCAAAUUUUUUUUUUUUAAGAAUGGGUGGACGAUUGAUAAGGACGAGAACUUUCCUCUUCAUUUGAAAAA